CCUGGGCGACGAGCAAAACUCCGUCUCAAAAAAAGAAAAACCAUUCUGUCAUUCUGGCCGCUGUUUGAAGAAUGCGAAUAAUCCAACAGGGAGAUCAGAUACAAGACUGGUAACCGAGGUGUCAGAGUUGAGACUCAGUUUCGCAGAUUGCAUUGGCAAGUGACCAAGUGGGUGGUGCCACGGUUGACAACCCUGAGUGGAUGUACAAGGAUUAAACCACACUGGGGAAGAAAAGUGCUCAGCCCUGAGGCACCCUCACACACCUCGGCUCUUGUGAACACUAGUGUUCCUGCCGAAGCACGCCUACUUACCCCGCUGAGCAGAGCCUGAGCCUGCAGCCUCCAGAGACCUGGGGAAAGCCACAUGCUCCGCUUCCCGCCCCCCGCAAGGGCGUGUCAGUUACAAGGGGCGUGUCAUCUCUAGGCCCCGCCCCGCGCUGCGUGCCCACGUUGCGCCGGCCUCGCGCCAGUCCGCUGGGCUGCAGGGACUGCGGCGCCUGAGGGAGUCGCUGACGGGCACGCUGACUGGAGGCUGGCGGACAGGCGACAGCGACCUGCGGCAGGACCAGAGGAGCGAGAGCAGCAAGAACCACACCCAGCAGCAAUGUCAGCGGAAGUGGAAACCUCAGAGGGGGUAGACGAGUCAGAAAAAAAGAACUCUGGGGCCCUAGAAAAGGAGAACCAAAUGAGAAUGGCUGACCUCUCGGAGCUCCUGAAGGAAGGGACCAAGGAAGCACACGACCGGGCAGAAAACACCCAGUUUGUCAAGGACUUCUUGAAAGGCAACAUUAAGAAGGAGCUGUUUAAGCUGGCCACCACGGCACUUUACUUCACAUACUCAGCCCUCGAGGAGGAAAUGGAGCGCAACAAGGACCAUCCAGCCUUUGCCCCUUUGUACUUCCCCAUGGAGCUGCACCGGAAGGAGGCGCUGACCAAGGACAUGGAGUAUUUCUUUGGUGAAAACUGGGAGGAGCAGGUGCAGUGCCCCAAGGCUGCCCAAAAGUAUGUGGAGCGGAUCCACUACAUAGGGCAGAACGAGCCGGAGCUACUGGUGGCCCAUGCAUACACCCGCUACAUGGGGGAUCUCUCGGGGGGCCAGGUGCUGAAGAAGGUGGCCCAGCGAGCACUGAAACUCCCCAGCACAGGGGAAGGGACCCAGUUCUACCUGUUUGAGAAUGUGGACAAUGCCCAGCAGUUCAAGCAGCUCUACCGGGCCAGGAUGAACGCCCUGGACCUGAACAUGAAGACCAAAGAGAGGAUCGUGGAGGAGGCCAACAAGGCUUUUGAGUAUAACAUGCAGAUAUUCAAUGAACUGGACCAGGCCGGCUCCACACUGGCCAGAGAGACCUUGGAGGAUGGGUUCCCUGUACACGAUGGGAAAGGAGACAUGCGUAAAUGCCCUUUCUACGCUGCUGAACAAGACAAAGGUGCCCUGGAGGGCAGCAGCUGUCCCUUCCGAACAGCUAUGGCUGUGCUGAGGAAGCCCAGCCUCCAGUUCAUCCUGGCCGCUGGUGUGGCCCUAGCUGCUGGACUCUUGGCCUGGUACUACAUGUGAAGGACCCAUCAUGCCACACCGGUACCCUCCUCCCGACUGACCACUGGCCUACCCCUUUCUCCAGCCCUGACUAAACUACCACCUCAGGUGACUUUUUAAAAAAUGCUGGGUUUAAGAAAGGCAACCAAUAAAAGCCAGAUGCUAGA